UUACAGGCGGACAAAGAAAAGAAGGUCAGGAAGAAGAAGAAGGAAGAUGCAGGAGAAGCCCCCGCCGCCGCUGCCGCCCCAGCCGCCGAGACCAGAACCUCAUCGAAGAGCUCGUCCAAGAAAGCUAAACGUUCUGGUUCCAGUGUCUUCUCCAUGUUCUCCCAAGCUCAAGUAGCUGAGUUCAAGGAAGCUUUCCAACUGAUGGACCAUGAUAAAGAUGGUAGGCUCACCAAUGAAUUGUUUACUGAAAUAUUUUCCAAUUUUCCAUUCUUGAUGGAUACAAAACAUGUAGGGUGAAAACGAAUCAUCUGA